ACACGGGCAUUUCCCUCACGGUGGGCAUACCCACUUCCUUCCUGUCAGGCAUGGAUUCAGACACACCACCUCUACCUUCCCGCACCGACCACGCCCCUUCAGACCUGCCGCCCCACCCGUGGCACCUGUGCAUCCUGUGGUGCCCCAGCCACCUGCCUCGGGCGUUGCGGUGGACGACAGGCUGGACGACAGCGAGUACCACUUCUCGUGGCGCCAUGACGGCAGCAAGACCUACACGUGGGAUGGCGCCAACCAGUACUGCCGCAGCCUCGGCUCCGGCUGGCAGGGAAUCAGCAUCGAGACUCGAGAGGAGGACAGUCUCGUCAGCAAAGCCAUUUCAGGAGAUCUGCUACCGUGGAUUUGGACCUCGGGUCACCUCACGGCUUGGACUGGGCUUGGGAUUCAGGUGCACAAUUCGUGGGUCUGAACUGGUCUCACACCGGCGGGAAUGGUCAAGCACAACCAGACAACCGCGAGCGAGGGGGCGAGAAGUGCCUGGGGGUUCUCAACAACUUCUACAACGACGGCGUCAAGUGGCACGACAUCGCCUGCCACCACGACAAGGCCAUCAUCUGCGAGCGCAAAGCCCGAGUCCACGGAUGAGGAGCACGUGCGUCCUGCUUUCUUGUAGAGCGAACGACGUCUGUAUUUAUACGUAUUUAUAUAUGAUAAUAAAGACCAAAUUCCUUAAACUUGAAGGAAUUUUUCGAAGAGUUCCAGAAAGUUCGAUAGAAAAGAGAUUUCCAAAGUAUCAGGACAAAUUCUACAAGGCUGCAGGGAAACAAUUUUCCAAUGAGACUCAUUUACUGCUACGGAAUGAAGGGCAAACGGGAGAAAAUCCACGUGACCUUCUCAAAGCAAAGGCAAAAGCUGCAUAUAAAAGGGCGGCUUUGCUUGCGGUCGACACAUUCGCUCGUCCGCCGAUCACGUCGGACGUGCUCUAA